CGGCCCGGGGGCGCGCUCCUCCCCUCGCGGGCGGCCCGGGCUGGCGGCGCUGACCCCCCACGCGUCGCACAUGGAGUGCUUGGGCCGAGGCGGGCGACGGCAACGGGGCAGCGGCGCUUCAGUGGCUCGCACAGCCGGCCCCUCCCGCUCCUGUGUGCUGCUCCUCCAGGCCAGCGUGCACGGUCACCAUGGCGUCCAGUGAGGAGGACGGCACCAACGGCGCCUCCGAGGCCGGCGACGAGAAGGAAGCCACCCGCAAGCGGAGACGCCUAGGCUUCCUGGCCACCGCCUGGCUCACCUUCUACAAUAUCGCCAUGACCGCCGGGUGGUUGGUUCUAGCUAUUGCUAUGGUACGCUUUUACAUGGAAAAAGGAACACACAGAGGUUUAUAUAAAAGCAUUCAGAAGACACUUAAAUUUUUCCAAACAUUUGCUUUGCUCGAGGUAGUCCACUGUCUGAUUGGAAUUGUACCCACUUCUGUGCUUGUGACAGGGGUCCAAGUGAGUUCAAGAAUCUUCAUGGUUUGGCUCGUUACUCACAGCGUAAAACCCAUCCAGAACGAGGAGAGCGUGGUGCUUUUUCUGGUCUCCUGGACUGUGACUGAGAUCACUCGCUAUUCCUUCUACACAUUCAGUCUUCUCGACCACUUGCCGCACUUCAUUAAAUGGGCCAGAUAUAAUUUUUUUAUCAUCUUGUAUCCUGUUGGAGUUGCUGGGGAGCUUCUCACAAUAUAUGCUGCCUUGCCUUACGUGAAGAAGUCAGGAAUGUUUUCAGUAAGGCUUCCUAACAAAUACAAUGUCUCUUUUGACUACUACUACUUUCUUCUCAUAACCAUGGCCUCAUAUAUACCAUUGUUUCCGCAACUCUAUUUUCAUAUGUUACGUCAAAGAAGAAAGGUGCUUCAUGGAGAGGUGAUGGUAGAAAAGGACGAUUAAAUGAUCCCUCCAAACAAGGUGCUUCUUCCAGAAAAACCGGAUUACUUGAGUCCAAGUUUUAAUAACAAGAAUAAACAACUUCGUGAAUACCAUGGAUCGCAUUGUUUCUUGAAAUAUAAGGAAAAACACAGUG